CCCAGGCUCGGCUCUUCCCGCCGUUUCCGCCUCUGCCCGCUGCUGACAGCUUCGGAUCUUUCCGCCGCCUCGUCCUCGCGCGUCGGCUGCCCAUGUCGGAGGUGCUGGUGGCUGCCGCCGGCUCCUGCUUCGAGCCCCCCGCGGCUGGGGAGCCGAGGGGCCGCAGCUGCUCCGUGUCAGAGGGGGACGCGCAGGGCCGCCGCUCACCGUCUGAGACUCCAGAAGAUGAAGAUUCAGCCCCCAAACCGGCAUCUGCAUCCCAGACAGUCACCUCAUCAGAGUCCGAGACCUCACAGUGCAGGCCGCAGAUUGGAUCACCUGUGAAUGUGCAUGCUGCAGAGGAUUCUAGAAAAAGUGAUGGUACAUCAGAGGACCAGGAAGUGGCUGGACAAGGAGAGAAGCUGGCUGACCACCAGAUCCAGCCCCCCAGGGAGGAGGCCGUAGUGCGGAUGACCAAGUACCGUGCCUCACAAGGACCAGGGGAUAUAGUCAUGAUACAGUCAGAACACACAGGUGCAGUGGAUGUCCUCUCUGCAGAGCUGGAGACUGCAGACCUCCUUGGUGAGCAGAGAAAAGCUCAGCCUCCUCCUCUGGCUCCACCCUCCACUUGGACCACUUGCAAGAUAAGGGAAUUUAAAGCCAAAAUGGGAAAGGAGAAGAAUGCUCAGUUGGUGGUGAAACGGGGUGAAGUAGUGACAGUCCGGGUGCCAACACACCCAGAUGGGAAGCGUGUUUGCUGGGAGUUUGCUACGGAUGAUUAUGACAUUGGCUUUGGGGUCUACUUUGACUGGACUCCUGUCACCAGUACUGCCAUUACUGUGCAGGUCAGUGAAUCAAGUGAUGAGGAAGAUGAAGAGGAAGAAGAUGAGAUUGAAGGACUCACCCCAGUUGGAGAUGUGGAGAGGGGCUCUAAAAGCUCUCUACGAAACCGUUAUCGGGAGAUCAUGCCCGUGUACCGAAGGGACAGUCACCGGGAUGUGCAGGCAGGCAGUCAUGACUACCCGGGCGAGGGCAUCUACCUGCUCAAAUUUGACAACUCCUACUCCCUCCUACGCAACAAGACUCUCUUCUUUCAUGUCUAUUACACCAGCUGAAGGAGGGGAGGGAGUGGGGACAGCAGGCAGGUAACACUGAGCAAAAUAGGCUGCCAUCCAGGUCUGGCACCCCCUAACUGGCACUUCCCUAUGGCUGAGUGAGAGGCCUGGCUCUCUGCUCUCCUGUGGAUAAGAACAGGUUUUCCCCCAUUCCCUCCCAGCUUACUCACAGGAAAGGGUAGCUGUGGCUACUCAGUUGUCCAAAGGCAACUCCUCUCGCUCUAAAUUUCAGGAAGCUUGCUCUGUGAGGUCAUCAGGCUGGGACUUUUCAUUACAGCCAGUAAAUUGUCAGAGGGCAGAUUCAGAUGGCAGCAGUUUCUUUCUAUUGCACUUGUAUGAACUGAAGCUGAAAUACCCUUUUAUUUAAAUGGAUCACCAGUGGGUAAUUGCCAACCACGCUCUGCUAGCAGGCAAAGCCACCUGUACCACAGCCACUCUCCAGCUGCAUCCUGUCUGCAUUGCUGUACUUUACACACUAGCCAAACCUCCAUUAAUCUCUGUGUGGGGAUUCAUCCCUCCAACUACCUGAGUUGCAGCCUGCAUCAUCUGACCCCAUUCAUGGUGAUGUAGUCAUGUCACAAGUGCCAGACCCAAUCAUGUGAAACCUUUAUUUUGGAUCCUUGCAGAGGUAAUCAAUAGGAAGAUCUCCAUAGAAAAGGGAAAGCAGGUGUGGAUGGGGAGGUGGAUACAGAUCAUCCUGACUGUGGGGAUGUGUAAAAUUCCUGUCACCAACAAAACUUUCUCUUACCUGUGGGGAAAAUUGAGCUGCAGCCUCUUGUGUUAAUGUAAAACGGUUAACGUCUCAGGUCAGCACACUUUGAAUCUGAAAAAUAUGGGAUCAGCCUUUCCCUUAUAUACCCACCUGGAGUUAGUGAGUCCCUGAAGUUAUUGCUAACUAACACAUUGAGGAAUGCAGCUCCCUGGCCCACCUCAGGGGUUAGCAGUGGUAAUAGUGGUCAGCCUCUGCUCAGCCCUUGGCAGGAAUAAGCAAGGAUCACAUUAAUCUGUCAACAGAUGGGUUUUAAAGGGUAUUUAUUUGUAACUCUUCAAGAUUCGAAAUGACUAUUUAUUUGAUUUUAUUCAAGAACCAUUUCCCUUCAAGGUAGCUGCUGAAUUUGCUCUGAGGUGCCUCUGUUUGGAGUUACUGAGUGACUUUGUGCAGGAUGAUUCUGGUGAAGUUCCAGUCUGACACCCUCCAGAUAUUGCCCUUUUGUGCAGAUCUAGCCCUUGCUGCAGAUGGGGUUAGUGUGGGGGUGUAUAAAGCCAAAGACUUCACUCUCCUAAGAAGCCCAAUAAUUCCCUGGUGAUUCCAUACCUCUUGAUUCAGGCCCUUCUUUUUAUCUGCUCUGCCUACUUAAGCACUCAGGAGCAAUGGCUAGGUCAGGGAGGUAAGAGCAGAGGGAGGUGUACCAUUGAGCAGCCCAUGCCAAUCUGCUGCUUCUGCAGUAGUGGGUGGGGAGGACAAGGCAGCAUAGGCUCAGGCACCAACGUGUUUUUUCUUUUUCAGGAGAGGAAGGAGGCAGGGAGCACAACUGCUGUUCUAAAAAGUAAGGGAUGAGCAGCAGGGCUGCUCCUCCUUUAAGGGGCACAGAGGCAAGGAGGGAGCAGCUGCAGCCCUUUUUCCUCUUCCCAGGAAGGGAGAGGGGAGUGAAGAGCAGAGUGGCCCAGCCCAAGAGGAGCUGGAAGGUAAAGUAGCUGCCUAAUUCCAGGUAGCAUCAGUGGAGGGGCCCUGCAAGGAAGAAGAGAAGCAGGAUUUUAAGGGUGGGGCCCUCCCUUCCCCUCUAAGCAGCCUGGGCAUGGGCUCCUCUCUCCCUGACCCCCUAACAGCCUGGGUGUGGAUGCUUGCUUCUUCCCCAAGCCCUCUUGAAGUGCCAGGGUAGGUACCUCCCUCUCCAGUUGCUUCCUUCCACAACCUCUCCCCCAGGGCCUGAUCAAGGAACCCCUCUUUUACUUUGGCUCUCAACUUCCUAAACACCAGAUGUGGAGCAGGGCCCUGCCCCACCCCUUAAAUAUUCUGCUUCUGACUGUAAAUCUCCGUGUUCCCCCACCCUGCUGUGUAAUGCAUCAGUGACUGCUAUGCAUUUGGCCUCUUGCUACAUAUUUUGGAAGGUCCUGCAUGCAUCUGAAAGAGGAGAGGUAUGCACUGUCUAGGCCACUAGCUGCUGUCUGAAAUAGGAUUUAGUAAAUAAGGAAGACACACCUGACCUGUGUAUAUAUACCAGGUAUUCUAGAAACUGCUGAUGUCAUGGAUUCUCAUGUGGAGAGUUCUACUCAGGGCCAGUGUUCUAGAACUGUCUCCAGGAUAAGUUGUUCCCCUUUAGCUAAUCAGAGACUGGUUCCUUUCUAGGUAAUUGGCAGCUGCUCCAAAUAGUCCUUAGUAAGGUGGACUGUACAGUAGAUGGGAAUCCCAGUGUUCAGUCCUGCCCUUCUGAAAUAGACACAGAUCUUUCUUCUGAGUCUCAGUCCACUUCAUCAGAUUUGCCCCUUUCUUGCCUCCUUGAUUAAAGACAAAUGGUCCUUGUAUAUGGUGUGCAGUCCCAAGCUGGUAUAUGUGCCAGUCUUAUUACCUCAUUGUGUCCAUAGCCAUGUUUGCUGCUGACUGGAGUAAAAGGGCCUUGACACAUCUUCCUUCAUUGUUGAUAUUUCAGUAGAGUAGCUUGUAUUUCCCAUAAGUGCUAAACAGCUGUAAGUGGAGAAUAUUUAAUCUACAAUAAUGAAAGCUUCACAGCUUCCAGAAUGUCACACUUUUCUUUGGUCUUUCAUUUCCAAGUUAUGUGAACAUAUUGGUGACCUUGUCACGCAGGUACUGAAUGAAAAUAUAUAGGUGACUGACUGAGAACCACUUAUCUUUGGAAUGAUGUCCACACUGUGUGCAACGGCAGUCAACAAAGCAAAUGAGAUGUUAGGAAUAAUUAAAAAAGGGAUAGAGAAUAUCUUAUUCCCCUUAUAUAAAUCCAUGGUAUGCCCACAUCUUGAAUACUGCAUACAGAUGUGGUCCCCUCAUCUCAAAAAAGAUAUACUGGCAUUAGAAAAGGUUCAGAAAAGGACAACUAAAAUGAUUAGGGGCUUGGAACGGGUCCCAUAUGAGGAGAGAUUAAAGAGGCUAGGACUUUUCAGCUUGGAAAAGAGGAGACUAAGGGGGGAUAUGAUAGAGGUAUAUAAAAUCAUGAGUGGUGUGGAGAAAGUGAAUAAGGAAAAGUUAUUUACUUGUUCCCAUAAUAUAAGAACUAGGGGCCACCAAAUGAAAUUAAUGGGCAGUAGGCUUAAAACAAACAAAAGAAAGUUCUUCUUCACUCAGCGCACAGUCAACCUGUGGAACUCCUUGCCUGAGGAGGUUGUGAAGGCUAGGACUAUAACAAGGUUUAAAAGAGAACCUCCAUGAAUGUAUCCAGUUAAGUCCAUUAAUGGCUAUUAGCCAGGAUGGGUAAGGAAUGGUGUCCCUAGCCUCUCUUUGUCAGAGGGUGGAGAUGGAUGGCAGGAGACAGAUCACUUGAUCAUUACCUGUUAGGUUCACUCCCUCUGGGGCACCUGGCAUUGGCCACUGUCAGCAGACAGGAUACUGGGCUGGAUGGACCUUUGGUCUGAUCCAGUAUGGCCAUUCUUAUGUUCUUAUAAAUGGUUUGCAGUUGUCCCUAAUUGUUCUUAAUAAAGUCAAUAACUCAGCCUUUAGGCUUGUUAAGAUACUUUAAUCAAGUCUCUAGCAGAAAGCAUAUUCAGUUAGCAAGGAAAGGAUGCUGUAUAGCCAGUGGCUUUCAGCAGUCAUUUCCAUUUAGUGUAUGGCAUCUUAAGCCCCAGUCAGAUCAAAGGAAUAAUCUCCUCUCCUUGUCUCACUCCUCAUUAAGCUACAGCUUCCUUGGUACCUCUGCCCACAAUACCUACUAGGCUUGUAUCCAGCUCUGGUACCUGUAGCUGAAGCAGUGCUGGGGAGACCUCCAUUCUAACUGCAGACACUGAGAACUGUGACUCCUGAGUCUGAGACGAAAAGUGAAUUCUGAAAUAGAUUCUAGUUUUGCAAGGACAUUAGUAACCUAAAAAUGUUCACUUCAAGGAAAGUUCCUAACUUGUUUCCAUGGAGUGAUGCUUUUGUGUGUUUUCCUCUCCUAUAGUUUGUGACUAGAAAAAAAAAACCUAAAACCUCACCAGAGAAAAAAUUUUUAUAUUUGGCAAACAGUGUGUGUCUUCCUCCUGUGUGUGGCUUUUGUGACUGAAAGAAACAAACUGUAUUUUGUGUACAGAAACAAAUUGUGGCUGGACUUGGAUAGGAGAUAAGUGGGGAGCCAUGUUACAUGUCCAGUGGCUGUGCCUUGGUGACUCUGGAGCUGGAAGGAGCUCAUUAAAUAUCCUUGCAGGGUGGGGUUUUGGGAGGGAUCUCUAUUCUAGUUCACUUGCAUCCCAGUUGAAUUUUUUUCUUCUUUUUCUCCUCCCCCCCCCCCCCCACAGCCACUCCCUAAGCAUUUAUCAUGUGGUGCCUUGAAACAAGAGGGAGUGAAACCAGAGCCAUAGACUUUAUCAUUUACUUUCCCCAGACCCUUAAUUGCAAGGGUUUCCUCCCCCUCACUUCUCUACCUACCUUCCAAAUAGCACACCUGGAAGUUAGGCUGGUGAUCCCCUAUAGUCUGUCAUAGUUUCAGAGUAACUGCACCUGUAUCCACACACCCCACUGUGGUCUGCUCCAGGAGUGCUCAAUCAGGUCUCCAGCUGUCACUUGUCUCUGGGCAAGGACCUUUGUCCCACUCCCUUUUCACUGGGGGUUUUAAAGCUGCACAUGUCCUUGCCUUACACUGUGGUAUCCCCCCAAACCAGUCUACCUAACAGCCAGUGGCUGUGUGUUGCUUUCUCUCUGAGGGCUCUGUACAGUGUAUUGCCAGCAGUUACAAGUUAUCACACAGCUCUUUCUAAGCAAGCACCUUUAUUAAGGUAAAAGCAUUACAGAGAAAACCUAUUAAAAACAAUAAAUUCCUAUACACAUGCUAAAAGCUUAUCAAAGGUUACCCUGAUCAGUCAAAGGGGGCGCUAUUAGGCGAAAGUUUUUCCAACCUUCUGCAAGGAUUGGGGCUUCCCUCAGAUAUAAGAUCCGGUCUGUUUGCAGGAUCAGAAAGGAGGCCUGAGUCAGUUUAAACCUAGCUGUUUUAUAUCAAAAGCCCUUUCUUUGUCUGUUCAUCUCCUAGUUUGAACCAGUAAGUGUGCAAGCCUCCCUGGGGGUGGUAUCUUUCUACAGGUGUUUACAACCUAAGUGAUUCAUCUUAAUCACCCCCACUAUUUUUGGUUCCUCAGGGGGCUGUAAUGACCCUCCCACCUGAAGUGUCAUACAAUCCCUGGCCCACAGUGAUACAUAAACUUAAAACAAUAUGGUCCCCAAAGAUUGCAACUACAUGCAAUAUAUGUCAGUCUGUUCCUGGCAAAUUAAAACUGCUUUAACUGAGACCUUCUCACCAAGGAGAUGAGGAUUACAACUGAAAGCCUGAGCUCUCUGGCACCACAGAGCUAUUGCCUUCAGAAGGUGUCUUUGUUACUACUGAGCAUGCAUAGUGGAAUGCCUAAGUGCUAUUUUUUCUUGAGGGAGUUGUAGAUGGGUGGAUGCCAAGGCAGUUAAAAUGAGAAGGACUUGUGACAAUGCUAACCGAACACAAAAGUAGCAGAUCUUGUCGCCACACGCUAGUGGAGUGUAUGAAUCCAGAGUUGGAGUUGAUAUGUGCUGCUGUGUACUAUGGAACUAGAUGAAGGAUCAAAGCUGCAAAAAUCUCUAAAUUUUAGAUGACUUGUUCUCCUUUCCCAUAUUUGGUAGAACCAUGGCUACAUGCUGUAAUGGGCAGUGCAUUGCUAGGCAUAUCCAUAUUAAGACGGCAUGCAGAUCAAAUAGGGACAGUCAUUGAAAUUGUACCAUGGUAAAUUCAGAAUUCGGCUCCUUGACAAGAAUUUAGCAAGAUUCAAAGAGCGAUGGGACACUUAUGGAUUACAAGAAUGUCCAGGGUUAUUGCAGUAAAUACUAAAUUAAAAUGAAGUUCUUGAAGAGGUCAAACACCACACGCUUCAGGGCUCAAAUCAAUCUGUUACUAUCAGGAGUUGGGAGGAGACUGCCUGAAGGGACAGACUAUCCCCUUGUUUGCCUACUAUGGUGUUUCUUGCACCUUCCUCUGAAGUAUCUGGUGUGGGCUGCUGCUGGAGACAGGAUAUCAUGUGAGAAGGUCUGAUCCAGUAUGACAAUUCCAUAUAUUCCGGUCUCCUAUUUACCUGUGACUCUUGGAAGUGUCAGCUGAAGAAAUAUGUACUCCUCUCCUGUCUGACAGUUUAAGACUCUGUAAUUCAUAUGGAAUAAGAAUCUGAUUUGUGACUGGUUAGAAUGGAUGAUGGGUAAAAGUGAGACCAGUGGUUUGAGCAUUGGCCUGAUAAAUCCAGGGUUGUGAGUUCAAUCCUUGAGGGGGCUGUUAUGUUGAUCUGGGGCAAAAAACGGGGAUUGGUCCUGCUUUGAGCAGGGGGUUGGACUAGAUGAUCACCUGAGGUCCCUUCCAACCCUGAUAUUCUGUGAUACAGACUGAGAUGUUAGAUGCCAGCCAUCAUGCCAGGAGCUAUAGAGGCAUCGCCAAGUGACCACUUUGAAUUUUAGUUACUUUUGAAAACUUUCAGUGGUUGAAGGCAGCCUCCCAGAGGCCUCUAAGGUACCCUCGUGACAGCAGUCUACAAGAUGGAAAGGCCAGUCCCCACCUCUGCAACGUGCCCCUCAGUAGCCUUGCAAUGGGGAAUGUCUUGUAUCUGGACACACCUUAAAGGUUUAUUUUUUUGAUCUGUGGUCUUUUUGUCAGUCCUCAUCUGUGUGAUGUGAAAUGUUUUUUAAUGUACUGUAGUUUCAAACUGAGUCAAGUUCUUUGCACCAAACUGCUGCUCUUUGUCCUUCCAAGGGAUUGUUUUUAAACAUCAAAAGGAUACUUUACCAAAAUGUGGCACUGAAUCUUUUAUCUUUUUGCUCUAUGGCCCAAAGAAAGUCUAUUUCUAGUGUGCUUGCAUUUCCUUCUACAGCUGAGUUAGCAUGUUUAUCUUCAGUAUGGUGUGGCUGUUUUGUGACAUGUAUUGUCUGAGUUCCAGACUCUUUAAAUAAACUUUUCACUAUGCAA